GGAUUUUCUGGGACUUUUCGUAAAAAUUGAAUAUCUCAUCAACCAAAUAGCUUUUAGACCUGCGAUUUUCGCCAAAUUCAUAAAAAUGUCUACUCUAAAGAAGUCUAUUUGAAGGAAACCUGAACUCAGCAGCAGUAUACGAUAAUAGGUUGUGGCUUAACUUUAGUGGAUUGUGAGUUAUCUUAUUCUUUUCCUCCUUGAUUUAAUGUUGAACUCGCUUCUUAGGCUGACCUUUAUCCUCCUCCAUAUGAAGAGCCCCCAAAACCGGUAGUAUUUUCAUUAGAAUACGAAGAUCAAGAUGCAGUUUUACGUCAACAACUACAAAAUCGCAGUAUAUUCCCACAUAGACUUGUAGUACCCGAUAUAGAUAUUACGAAUAUUGAACGUAUACAGUAUAUAUGGCUCGAUGCUCACAUUAUGACUAAAAGUGAAAGCUAUGAACAAAUGUUUUCUCUAGAACAAACGUUGUUUUUCAACUGCGCAAAUGAAUGUGCAUCAUAUAUAAGAAAUACUCGGGACAGUGCAAUUUUUCUUAUAACAUCUGGAAAUCUUGGACAAUCUGUGGUGCCAUUAAUACACGAUUCAGUUCAAUUGCAGAGUAUCUAUGUUUAUUGUGCAGAUAAACAACGUCAUAUGCAAUGGUCCUUAUCAUUUUCAAAGGUACGUUGUGUAUAUGACACCGAAGAAGAAAUGCUUGAACAAUUACUCAAUGAUUCGAUAAAGAUGAAUGUCGCAGUAGGCAAACAAUAUUUAAAAAUGGAAAAGUACCAUAAAGCCUAUGAUUAUUUUGAUACUGCACAGUCGCUGUUAGCUUCUGAUGAUAAUGAUCCACAAAUUGAAUUAUUAUCGAAUGAGUUAAACGAAGUGUUAAACGUAUUAACUAAGCCAAUUUAUUAUGAAAAAUCAUUCAAUUUUGAUUUUGUUUUAGCUUUGAUUCUAGAAACAGAUAGCAAUCGUCUAACAGCUUCUAAUAAAAAAACACUGAUCAUUAUAUUGAAAUUACAAGAGAAAAAUAUGGAAAACCUGCAAAAUGCUUUGGACGAAAUUGGGGGAAUAACUUUGAUUUACAAUGAUAGUGUUAAGAAAUGUUGCACGGAUAUUACAAUAAAUAUGGACAAACAAAUUUUUCUUCUCAUAUUAGGCAUACUUGAUGUCGAUUCGAUGUUAAGUCUGACAACAUUUCCACAGUUAAAAGCUGUUUAUAUGUAUGUCGAUGAAACUAUCAAAACAGAUACAUCAAAUGAAAAGUUUCGUGGUAUAUUUACCAGUGAAAAUGAUUUAUUAUUCGAAUUGAUACGCAAUAUGAUUUAUGUUCAGACUCAAGAAGGACAUAAAUUGAAGAGUUAUGGAAAGAAUAUAUUGGCCAAAACAAAAUAUCAGCAAGCACAAGAACUUUGCAAACUGCUUAGAAAAGCUUUGGCAAUGGGAUGGACAGAAUAA